AUGACGCAGCCCAUGAGAGGGGACCAGGCCCACCAGCCGGCCUCAGCUCGCAAGUCAGCCAGUCUGUCCUCGCCAAGUGCAGCUCGCCGCCUAUACCGCAAUUUGUCUGGAAAGUUCCGUGUGGGCACCAACCCUCCUGCUCUGGAGGACAGUGUGGUGUCAGGACGGGGAGGAGACAAGGAGAGGCUACGCAAAACCACCAUAUUCCAGAGCAAUGAAGCUUUGUUUGAGGCAGUGGAGCACCAAGAGUUGGACUUGGUGCAGCUGCUUCUGUCCCAGUACAGUCUGGAGGAGCUGGAUCUCAACACUCCAAACAGCGAAGGCCUCCUGCCUCUCGAUAUCGCCAUCAUGACCAAUAACGUACCCAUGGCCAAGCUUCUGUUGAGAGCCGGUGCCAAGGAGAGCCCCCACUUCGUGAGUCUGGAGGGCCGAGCGGUGCAUUUGGCCACCUUGGUGCAGGAGGCUGAGCAGCGGGUGUCGGAGCUUCAGGCCCAGGUGCGGAGCGAGGGUCCCGGUGAGCGGGAGGGAUCCGACCGGGAGAGGCAGCUAAAGGCCUGGGAGUGGAGGCUCCGGCUCUUCCGACGCAUGCAGACAGGCUUUGAGCAUGCUAACGCUCCAGAUGCUCCCAGUGUUGUUCGCCUGUCUGUCAGCAGCAGCACCAGUCUAAAAGUUGACUUCCAGGAACCUCUCUGUGUCAACUCUGCUGUGGUUACCAAGUACAAAGUGAGCUGGAGCACUGCUCCUUCAUUGAGUCCUUUGCUGGGUGAGAUGAUCGUGGAUGACACCACUCUGCUGCAGUGCAACAUCACUGGACUCACUUCUGGAACCUACUACUAUGUCCAAGUGUCAGCCUACAACAUGAAGGGUUGGGGGCCUCCACUAGUUUCCACCCCAGCCUGCUCUUCGCCUUCCAGUUGGCGGGAUAUCGAUGGCCGCGCUCCACGUCAAAGAGGCCAGAAGGAAGCACUAGACCAGCUACUGGGGCAGAUAAAAGAAGCUCACCGCCACUGCGUCUGCCAUGAACAGUGCAAAGCUCCAACACAAGGCAGGAAGCACUCGGUAUCCAAAAGCCUGCGACACCUCUUCCAGCCCACCAGCAAAUUUGUUAAAAGCUUGAAAAGAGGUCUCUACCUGACAUCCAUAUUCUACAGGGAUGACAACGUGUUGGUGACGCCAGAAGACCAGAUUCCUAUUGUGGAGAUUGAAGAUUCCUAUUCCAGCUCACUCAUGCAGGACUUUCUCUGGUUUACAAAGGUGUCCUAUCUGUGGGAGGAGAUUUCCUGGCUGCAGCAGUGUCUCAGUCCCUCCCAGUCGUCUUGCUCGUGUACUCUGCAGACACGCCUCAAGAUGCUGCAGGCUGUCUCCCAUCUACAGGGAAUGCUGGGAACCCAGGACCUUGGUCAGGUGUAUUUUGAGCCAAUCAAGGACAAGCAUGGUAACGCCCUGCUGGUGCUCCUGAAGGACAUGAACGCUUGUCCCAACCUGGAUGGAGUUCGCUGGACGCAGCUUUGUAAACUCCAGCUCCAACGCAAGUCUAUCUCGUCCCCUGAAGAGCCCACAGCCCUCGACAUGCUCCUCAUCACACUACAUGAGAAGCUGGCGUAUCACAGGCGUAGCAGGAAGCUUUUGUCUCCAGGCUUAUACCUGGGCUACCUGAAGCUGUGUACAUCUGUGGAGCAGAUAAGAGCGCUGGUACCCCAGAAACUCCCUAACAUCCUCUGUCACACCAAAAUCCGGGACAACUGUAACGUGUCCAGAGAGGAGUGGCAGUGGCUGCAGGCCCUCAGCUCUCUGGAGGAAUCCUUGGAAAUGGACCAUGACGUACAGAGUGCUCCCCAUCGCCUCCUACAGGACCUGCGCAGCGCCAUCAAGGACCUGAUGGCACACAUCAAUGUCCCUGGCAAUCAGGCACAAGACUUUCGUAUCUACAGCCAGGAAGUGUUGGAGUUUGGAGAGAAAGUGUCCUUCCUGCUCCUCCUACCACCUUGCGAUGAAGUGUGCACAGCUCCUGGUCAGAACAACCCCUACUCCCCCCGCUCCGGCUUCCUCACCCUGCCCCUGCAGAUCUUCGAACUAGUCCACUUUAAUGCCUAUUGCCCCAGUUUCAUCGGCCAGUACUGCCGGGUGUCGGCUUUGCUGGAGCUGGAGUCGCUCAUGUCCCAGCAAGCACUACGGGAGGCCUUCUCUGAAGCUGAGCUUCUUGCUGCUAAGAAGAAACACCAACAGGUCCAGGAACACAUGCAGCAAAUGGAGGAGGUGUGGAGGGAUGCGAGGUGGAUCAUGGACGCCUUGCAGUACGCCCGCUACAAGCAGCCAACAGGAGGCAUCUCCAUAAGCUGGAUCAUUGACUUCUCCAAGGAAGUGCUGCCUGACAAGCCUCCCUCCACCUCGUCUCAGCCGGACUUCAUGCCCUCUCCCAUGCCUUCACCCGAACCAUGUCGCAAGCACUCAGAUUUUGCUGGUCUAUCGGAUGAGGAGGGCUCCUCUGAAGUCUUCCUCACCACCGACAGUGACUAUGACUCCAGUCGUGCCCAGAGCCCCCGCGAGCUCGACCUACUGCCCCCCUCGCCCCUCUCCUCCUCCGCACCCCUGGAGCCCCGUGGCUUCCUGCGUAGUGAUGGGAGCGGCUCGGGAGGAGUGAUGUGUCUCGGCGGUGGCGGACGUGGAGGGGGGGCUCUACGGGAUUCUACGCCGGACGUCCUCCAGGCCUCCGAGCCGCAGCACGGCAGGGAAAGCGAGAGGUGCGGUGGAGGUGGGGGAGGAGUUCGGUGUGCAGGAGAGAGGCGACGGGGCGCCCCGGAGCUGUUUGACAGCGACUUCAUCCUACCCAGCAGGCAGAUCGAGCUGCUGCACAUCACAGAGAAGAGGCAGGCGUUCUGUGUGAGGACCAGCAGUCUGGAGUUCCCUUCCAGCACAUCAGCCCACCAACAGCCUUACUCCCACCACACUACUUGCCCUUCACCCUCCACUUCGCCACAGAGAAGAUAUCACAGGCCCUCAUCCGUGGACCGCUGUUGUUCUGCAGAGCGCUGCUUACCACAGCUACCACCAGCGCGCACAUUAUCAGAGGACAGCGGCACCCAGAGACUCUCCUCACCAUCACCUGCUGCUCUCAGGAAAGGCUGUCAUGCCACACUCAGAGUGUAUCCACAGUACCGCACAGGCCUGCCCAAGGAGACCAGCGUCAAGCUUUGUGUAACUCCAGGCACAUCGGCGCGAGAGAUGGUGCAGCUGGUGGUGCAGGAGAUGAACGUUGUGUCGCGGCGCAUGCUGGGUAGCAGCGGAGGCGGCGACGUACAGGAGCAGUCUGUGUACUACAGUCCUGAACAGUUGAAGCACUUUGGCCUUGUGCUGGUUGUGGACAACAGAGAAAAGUGGCUUCAGGACGACUUCUGUCCCCUGGAGCUCCAGAACCCCUGGCUACGGGGAAAACUGUGCGUUCGCAUUAAGGAGUAUUCACCACUAGCGCUCAAACACAGCCGAGCCACCACAGUGUGAUCAUUCCAGGAGCGAGAGAGGCAAAGAAAAAGUUUACGAGUUCAUUCCACGUCCUUUUUCGAUAAAUUAAGGAACUGUUGCAUUGUGUCUUAAACUCUACGCUCUUCUCUCUCACUGAGGUGAAACCGUCCUCAGCUGCAGCUACAACAUGUUGUCAUAUUUUCUGCUGUGUUCUUGUUAUCUGAACUGUGACUCUGAGAAUCUGUUUCCAUGAAAUCUGUUCUCCCGUACGUAUUCCAUCAGAGACCCUCAUAUGGACACCAAAUGAACAAUAACAAAGCGGAACAAAGAGAAAACAGUUUUUUGUGCUGUCAGAAAUCAUUGGGCAAAAAGAUUGUGAUGCUGAGCCGGCUUAAUGGAGCGUCACUUUGACUUCUGGCGUGAUUGUCGCCAGCACAUCGGGCCGUGCGCGUUGCCAAAAUGACACGGACAGCACCAUCACCUCCCCAGCCACACACCGACACGGCUUCGACUAUGAACUCUCUCAUUGUGUCAUUCCCAAAGAGCUGUCGGCUGCAGCCGUCCGGCCCCAUGUUCCCAGGAUGUGGGCUCUGGACCGGGCCCAGAAGGCAGGAAGGAGUGCAGAAGUACAGAGGUGGCUGGCGUCUCCGCUUGGGGACGCAAUCGACUUGAUGAUUUGGCCCUUCAGCCUGUCACUCAACUGCUCUUGGCCACUGUACUCUCUGGUAGCCAGCAGCCAAGCAAGGAAUAGAGAGCGUGAUAGAAAGGGAGAGGAGGGUGGAGGCUGCAUGUUGUAGAACCUGGCACUAACUCUCUGGUGCUCUUUUUCUCCGUUUUUGUAGCAACACGUCCUCUGUACAGUAGACGCAGUCGUAGUGUAGCUGACUAAUACGAUCAUCCCAUCAUUACUAAAUAAAACCAGCUAAUUUGGGUUUGGAAAACAGAGACGAAAAAAAAACAAGCAAUACUUUUUAACUUUCUGUUUUUCUAAUUGAUGGGAAAAGCAUGUAAACCUUCCAGAAUUGUGCUAAGUACAUUUAAAGUACUGUAGUCAUGCUGUGCUAAAAGUUAACCAGUUCAGUGUUUUGUUGUGUUUGGUUCAGUGGUAUUCCCAGAUGCAUCAGAAAAUGGUGCCCGUCAGUCUAGAGCAGGGUCUCCCAAAGGGACUGUAGUGUGAAAGGGAUGACUCAAGUUGUUAAGAGGCCCAGUAUUUCUAACAAAGUUACACACUUUGUAUCCCAGAGUGUUUUCUAAACUGCUUCUAAAUAAGUAAUAUAUUUUUUAAAAAAGCUUGAAGUUACUAAAUGAACAUCCUGCAAGGUGAGGCUCAUGUGACCAACAGAGACAUCCAAAUGCAUCAUUAGGGUUGUAAUCAAUAAUUUUGCUAUUGAAGAGGAGGGUAAACAACGAAGAAGUUCAUAACCCGGCUGUCCUCAGAACACAAGUACAGCAAGGGGAUAAACAAAUUAAAGCUCGUUAAUCUCAAUCUAACCCCCCCUAUUAAAUAUAACAUAAAUAUUAAAGCUCAAAACAUCAUUUUUAGUCAGGCAGAUUUUGAAAACCACAAUUAAAGACCACUUUGGUAUAAAUUACUUUCCAAUUCUGGCAUUGAAGUUCAAUUAUUUUCUAUGGAAAGGAUUCAGGACAGUCUCCCACAGAGUGAACGAGACGCUUUCAAUCAGGGCUACAGCCAAGGACUUCCACAGGCUCUGCUGAGAUUGUCAUUUAGUAAAAACACGAGAUAAUGAAGACGACACAGAUCAAUGCUGUAGUAGAAAAAAGACAAAUACAUUUCUAAUCAACACACCUUUGCAUUGCUUUCCAGCUGUCCCUCCUUUUCAGCCCAUCAGUCAUGUAUUAGGUGGGCUGGCAGCUGUCACCCUGGUAACCCAAAAAAUGGAGAACAUUCAAACAUGUUGUGAAACGGUUGAGUUUAACCAAGCAGCAACUUCUAGGGAUGAGAAAUGAAGCCAACGUAGAGAUGCCAAAGCUGAAGUUCCUCUAAUGAAUUUGGAAACAGAUUUCAACUGAACUCAUGAUAUUUUCCUGAACCUAACCACGUAGUUUUGGUACACAACCAAACAGCAAGUGAGAACAAAAAGUGACCACAAAACUAUAAAACUAAUACUCCCAUAUGGGGCACCCACCCCAGACUCCCAUGGGUGAAAGUUUUGUGUCAAACUUCUGCCACAACCACCUCUCCAACCUCCUUAUGUGGCUGUUUGACGGUCAAGUCAAGUCGCCGUUAUUUAUGGAGCACAUUUAAAUCCACAGAAGUUGACCCAGUGAGCUUUCCAACAGAGAAAUAAGACUUAACUUAAACUUACCGUACGAUAUCAGUUCUCUUUGAGCAAGCACUUGGUGACGGUGGAUAAGAAAACCCCCAUUUUAACAGGACUUGACCUUCAGCAGAACCAGGCUCAGGCAGGGCCUCCAUCUGCCUCCACCAGUUAGGGUGAAGGGAGAGUGAAGACGUUUUCUAUUUUUCUACUAUUUCAAACUGUAACCUUAUGGGAAAAAUAUGUUUCUUUGAAAACAGCGAAUAUAACAUUUAAAAAAAAACACAAUUUGUGCUUUUGUAACAGCUCACCAAGUCAAGUGUGGGCAGUCAGAAGUAAACAUGCCCGCAGCAAACUGCUACCGUGGCUACCAGAGUUGGCUAAGUGAGUCUCGCCUUGCAAGUCAUAAAAGUUUCCAGGGACGCAUUUUCAAUUACAAGAGUUGUAUUUUUCAGAUGAGCUGCCUUAAUUCUCCCUAAACAAUAAAUGAAGCCUCUCAACAAUCUAAACUUUCCUCUUUAGCAAGUUAAAUAAAACACUAGAGUUGAAACGGAGCAGUGGUCGUUCCGUGGCGUUGUUUACAACUCCACAUUUCAUGUUAACAAAAAUUUUGCCUUCUGUGUUUUAUUUAUUUUUUCUCUUAACUAUCUUUGCAUUACUGCUCUAAUGUGUCAGCCAGGCUCAGCAGCAUCGCACCAUUGUAAUGACCUGCAGCAUUCCCAAAUGUAGCACGAGUGGGCGAGUUGGGUAGGCGAAGUCGGUGGACCUGGCCCUUAAUUACUGUAGCAAUCCAGGCUCACAUGAUGUUGUUGAACCUGUCGCAGAGGGAGAGUGGACCGGAGUCUCUCAGAGUGUUUACAGAGUUUACUUUCUUUACACCUUCAAAGAUGUGUUUACGUGUAACUACUGUACAAAGAUGUCUUAAGACGGACUGAUGUUAUAAUAAUUGGUUUUACUGAUGGCUUGAACUCUUGUGUUAGCGCUUAGAUGUCUUCUUUAUUCACAUUGUUUAAAGCUGUUUUUACGAGGGCCAUCUGCAAAAACAAAUCACACAGCCACAAACUGAACCUUUGUACAUAGACAAACAAGACCGGAGGAUGAAUGUACUGUAUCUGCCCAAAAUGUGAAAAUAAGUGAAAAUGUGUCAGGGGGUGGCGGGCUGUCUUUAUUACAAAGGUCAAAGGUUCAGCACAGUUGCAGGCUGUCGCCUUGUGAUUGUGUUGAACGGGAAGAAGGGGGUUUCAAUUCCCUUUUCCACUCAAAAAAAAUAAAGCCCCGUGUUUACAAGGAGCUGUUGGCAGAUCCAUCAGGCAAAGUCAUGAAGGAGACAUCACGUCACUUUUUUAAAAUCUAUUUUUAUUGAACAAUAAAUGAAUAUUACAAAAUGAAA